UGGUAUUCUGUGGGAGGUGUGUCCGUCACCUUGGAAUACUACAAUGGCGACUGGUGAAGAGCCAAGCAGUAAGAAGAGGCGGGUAUGUAAUUCAUCGGAAGAAGAAGAGGACCUUCUAUUCAACUGCAGAGAGCACCGUGUUGCAAUAGGGCCAGAAGAUUUUGAAUUAUUGACAGUCCUUGGAACAGGAGGAUAUGGAAAAGUGUUCCUUGUAAGAAAAGUCACGGGAGCUGACCAGAAGCAGUUGUAUGCCAUGAAAGUACUUAAGAAGACUUCUGUUGUCCGUAAGAAGAAGGUGAUGGAGCAUACCCUGACAGAGAGAUCAGUACUGGAGGCCAUUAGAGACUUUCCUUUCCUUGUAACACUUCAUUAUGCCUUUCAAACUGAAACAAAACUCCAUCUUGUUAUGGAUUAUUUGUGUGGAGGUGAACUAUUCACUCAUCUUCAUCAAAUCGGUCCAUUCUCUGAGUCAGGGUCACGAUUAUAUGGAGCUGAGAUCACACUAGCCCUUGAACACUUGCACUCACUUAAUAUAUUGUACAGAGACAUCAAACUAGAAAAUAUAUUGUUAGAUAGAGACGGACAUAUUGUUUUAACGGAUUUUGGACUCUCGAAAACAAUGAAACCAGAUCAAGUAGCUCAUUCUUAUUGUGGUACAGUGGAAUACAUGGCUCCUGAGAUCAUAAGAGGAGGUGAUGAUGGCCACAACUUGUUAGUGGACUGGUGGUCUCUUGGUGUGUUACUCCACGAAUUGUUGACAUGUGAAUCACCUUUUGCACCAACUGGGGAAGACAACUCUCAAAAAGAGAUAUCACGGCGGAUAUUGUAUGAGGCUCCACCCAUACCUCAUAAAUUGUCUCCAUCAUGUCGGGAGCUGUUGUUUGGGCUAAUGAGGAAGAACAAAGAUGAGAGAUUGGGAGCUAAUGGAGCCCAUGAAGUGAAGAGCCACAGGUGGUUCUCCUCUCUUAACUGGGACGAUGUACUGGCUAAGAAAGUGAGGCCUCCCUUUAAACCUUACGUCAGUAAUGAAAUGGAUGUUGGGAAUUUUGCUGAUGAGUUCACUAAUCAAGACCCUGUUGACUCUCCUGCCCUCCCUAUUUCAAAGCAUAAUCAAGUGUUCAGAGGUUAUUCAUUCAUUGGUCCUCCAGUCUUAUUUACAUCAAACACAGUUCUCUCUUCUCUCCCUCCUCUCCUCCUUCAUGAUUCACCUUUCCUACAGAAGUAUGAACUCUCAAACACUAACUUAGGGACUGGUAGUUUCUCUACGUGUCGCGUGUGCAUUGAGAAGGAGACCAAGCAGGAGUUUGCUGUGAAGAUAGUGAGCAAACGUCACAAUCCAAUGAGAGAGAUCAGCAUAUUGCAGUUGUGUCAAGGUCAUCCUAAUAUUGUUCGCUUGCAUGAAGUAUUACAAGACCAGCUUCAUGUCUACAUUAUAAUGGAGAGGCUCAGAGGUGGUGAAUUACUUGAUCGUAUUCGUAGUAAUAACAGCUUCACUGAAGCUCAAGCAAGUCAUCUUUUCCGUCAGCUGGUGUCAGCUGUUCAUUUCAUACACUCAAAGAGAGUGGUCCAUAGAGACCUUAAACCUGAAAAUCUCAUAUUUUCAAAUGAAGAUGAUGACACUGCUGUAUUGAAGAUCAUUGAUUUUGGAUUUGCACGUUUAUUGCCUGAAGCUCCCCAAGUAUUGACUACCCCCUGUUAUACAUUACCCUAUGGUGCACCUGAAGUUAUAUCACACAGCAAUGGAUACACUGAAUCAUGUGAUAUAUGGAGUCUUGGAGUUAUACUGUACACUCUGUUAAGUGGACAGGCUCCUUUCCAUGCUCCGACAUGGCCGACUGAGAAGAUUGUUGAUUGCAUUCAACAUGGGAGUGUAUCAUUUGAUAGUGAUGAGUGGUCCAGUGUUAGUAGCACAGCCAAGAGCCUCAUUAAAGGACUACUGACAGUCAACACGAGUCAAAGACUAACCAUUGAUUCAUUAUCAGUUCAUCCCUGGCUAAUGCCUGACUCCGCCCCUGACACGCCCCUCUGCACUACAGUCAGUCUUAAGUCCCUAGGAGCCACAAGGACUGCUAUCAAUCACACGUUACAUGCCUACUAUCAAGUGACUAGUAAAGAUGGUCUCGUAUUAGGAGAUCCUGCACAAAAUCCACUCGCUCGUAAAAGGAAGUUGAAAUCUGAAAGAAGUCCACAGCCUGGUACACGCCCCACAACACUAGAGAUUACUGACUUAAAAAGUGCCACAAAUUAAUUUUUAUCGUAUUAUUAUUUCAUCGAUAUUUUUAACGACUUGACUUCUUCCUUUGAGGUUACUUUUUAA